GACAUCAUGAUAGAAUGUUGUGUGUAUAAAAGCCCAAGUGUUUGGAGGCAGACACGGAGGCUUUGCCCAGCUCACUGGUAAUUUCAUCAGAAGCCCCGUGUUUGCACCACUGCCCCUCCUCCAUAACCAGCUGGUGGCUGUGCGGCUUCAACCCUCUCCACCACCUUGCCUAUGGAGCGCCGGCGCUCUAAGAACCAUGGCCUCCGUGGAAAGAAAGUGGAAUAUGAGGACAUCACAGCGGGUGUUCAAGACCAUGUCCAAGCUGUUACAGUAUCCGAGUCGGCCCCCAUCGCCCAGCCCACUGUCCAGUACGCAGAUGCCUCCUCUUCUUCAAGCGUUGUCUUCUUCCCUGAGAUGUCCAGGACAGGACAAGAAGAGCGGGUCAAGCACAGCUGUCGCCCUAGUGAAGUGGACGGCUGUUCAAACAGCCCCAAUCCAAAACGGAGGUCGCCAGACCAGCGCACCUCACAUGCGUUCCGUCCGAGUUCCAUAACGACACUCUACAUGGCCUCUGACAGGCCAGACAAGCCCAACGCACAGCCUGAACCAGCAGACAGCACAGGCCCUGUGGUCAUGGAGGAGCGCCGUGAGGAUGAGCACAGGGAUGAAGAUGGGGCUGAGGAUGAGGAUGAUGAUGAUGAUGAGGUGGUGAUUAGAAGAGGGUGGGUGGGAGCUGCGGGGGGGAGGAAUGAGCAGAGGGUUCCACUGACCCCCCCGAGAAACCAGAGGGGUCAGGAACAACAACAACAACAACAACAACAACAGCAUCACCACUAUCAUCAGGAGCAGCAACCACAACAGCAAGAUCACCAGCAUCAACAACAGCAGCAAGAACACCAGCAUCAACAAAUGCAACAAGAACACCAGGUCCAGCAUCAACAAUUUCAACAGGUAGAACCACAUGAACAACAGCAACAGUUACAGCAGAAUCCGCACCAUGAGCUUCAACUCAAACUCCAACUGCAGCAGCAACAGGGCUAUCAUCUUUUGCAACUGCAGCAUCAGCACCAACAACAAUUUCAUCAGCAGCAGCAGCAGCAGUUACACCAUCUGAUGCAACAUCCACAUCUCCAACACCACCAUCAUCAGCAUCAGCAACAUAUCCAUCAGCAACAACAGCAGCAGCAGAAUCAUCACCAACAGCAACAGCAGCAGAGGCAACACCAGCAUGGUCAACAGCAACAGCAACAGCAGAGGCAACACCAGCCUGGUCAACAGGAACAGCAGCAGGCUGCAAAGUCUAGACCACCAAGGGACAAAGCAGCACGACAGAACCAACAGACACAACAGGCGGCGUGUGAGCAGGCCAUCUUCCAGCUGCCACGCAGCCCCGUGGGCAUCUCGAGCACCCAGUCGGACAGCGCUAUCAGCGGGCAGGACAUCACCAGCGAACAGCGCCUGUUCUACGGAGCGCACAUUGGCAGUGAGACACGCAACGUGGAGUUCAAGAGAGGGGGAGGUGAGUACCUGCGUUCAACCUUCCGCUCGCACCUGCGCCGCUAUGCGUGUGCUUUCCUGAACAGCGGCGGUGGGAUGCUGCUGGUGGGUGUGGAUGACGAGGGCGUUGUGCGUGGCCUGCGCUGUGACCACCGGCAGGAGGACCGCGUCCGGCUGCUCGUCGACUCCGUGCUCAAGUUCUUCCAGCCGCCGCUGCUGCCCCACUGCUACAGCCUCAGCCUCCUCCCUGUGGUGCGCCCGGGCCCAGAGGGCCUCAACCUCAAGGUGUUGCGCCUGGCGCUGCAGCCCCCUCCGGCCCACACGCAGCUGGCCCUGUACCAGACGGACCUGGGCGAGGUGUACCUGCGGAGGGAUGGCAGCGUGGAGGGACCCCUCUCGGCCAGCGCCAUCCAGGAGUGGGCCAGACAGCGUUGGAGCGGGGAGGUGAUGCGCCUGCAGCACUGCAUCCAGAUGCUGCUGGCCGAGCAAGGGCUCCUCCUCCAGGAGAUGCGGCAGCAGAGCCUGACCAUCGCCGCCCUGCAGCGGGCACAGAUGCCCCCCACAGGUGCCCCCGCCGUCGCCUCAACUGCUCCUGCCCCGACUGCUCUUACCCCCAUCACCCAGGCCGCCUCGGCCCCACCACCAGCGGCACCGCGCCUGGAGGGCCUCCGAGAUCGCCUGCUGAAGGGCAAGCUCAGCCGCAGGGUGAGUCUGGCGCAGACCCCCCCUCAGAGCCUCUCCGCUUGCCCGUCACAGAGCGACACCCCCAUUCUGGUGCGCACCACACCAGCAAGCUCCGCGGACCACCUGGCGGACGUGUCGGUCAGUGAGGGGGGGUCCGCCAGGCAGCUGAGGAGCUCGUGGCUGCCUCAGGGCUGUGAGGGGAUGUGGGGGUCCACGGAUGGUGGGGGGCCAGGGCCCCCGCAGUGCCAACGGGGAGCUGGCACAGAGCCAGGCGAGGGCACCCAGACGACAGUCUCCACCGCCUGCACUAUCAUGUGAGAGGAGGAGGGGCCUGUUAUAUGGGAGAUGAGACUGGAAUGGAUCUUCACCAGGUGUGUGUGUGUGUGUGUGUGUGUGUGUGUGUGUGUGUGUGUGUGAGUGUGUGUGUGAGUGUGUGUAUGUAUGUAUGUGUGUGAGUAUAUGUGUGCAUAUAUGUGUAUGUGGUAUGUGU